AUGCUUUUUGAAAAAAAUAUAUUUUACAAUUUAUCCGAGUUAAAAUCGCCGAAAGCUGCCACUGUUCCAGAAAUAUUUUGCAAACCAGUAUCUUUUAAUGGUGUCAAUCCAUUAGUCAGCGAAUGUUUGCCAUUUCUACUAAAAAAACUUGAAUCUAUCGAAGGUAGAUAUAAUAGCGUUAUUAGAGAGAAUAUUAACCUUGAUGGUAACGAUGAGGAAAUGGUCGAUUUCUUGGAUGAGGUGUGUAAGAAAAGCAUUAGCAAUGAGAUUAGAAAGAGGAGGUGGGAAAAGAAACAGAGAGAUCAAGAGGCACUUUUAAUUUCUCAGGAUGUGACUAAAAUUCCUGAAGCUAGUUCUGAGAGCAUAAGUUCAGCAUAUUGCAUCUUACCAAAGCAACCGCAAGUUAAUGCAUCCAAAUUAGCAUAUAAUCUUGAAAACUGUGAAGAUUCUUCACAAUUGGAGUCAUGUGGCAUAGAGGAACUUAAAUCCAAUCAGCAUGAUGAAGUUAUUACCAAUUUGGAUAAAAAUAUAAUUGUGGAACAGGAAUUAAAGCAACAGUUAUCGUCACCUGCACAUACAUCUAGAUCAGAUCAAACUUCAGAAGAACAGGAUCCAUCUUUAGAUACCACACAAAAUAUAAUUAGUAAAGAAACCUCUGAAUGA